AUGUCGAUGCCCCCGCCACCACAGCCCAAGGGCGCCAACCCCAACUACUUCUCGGACCGCAAGAAGGGCGAAGUGAACGAGCUUAAGAACCUGCUGCGCGACGUCACGGUCGAGCGCGACCCGAAGAAGAAGCGUGAGAUCAUCAAGAAGGUCAUUGCGUACAUGACGCUUGGCAUCGACGUCUCGCGCAUCUUCAGCGAGAUGGUCUUGUGCGUCGACACGAAGGACAUUAUCACAAAGAAGAUGGUAUACUACUACCUGACCAACUACGCCAACAAGAACUCGGACCUGGCCAUCAUGUGCAUCAACACGCUCCUCAACGAUUGCCGCAACGAAGACCCGCUCGUGCGUGGCCUCGCGCUGCGGUCGCUCUGCUCGCUGCGGUUGGACUCGAUUCUCGAGUACAUUCAUGAACCGCUCCAGCAUUCGCUCACGGACACGAGCGCAUACGUCCGAAAGACGGGCGUCAUUGGCAUUCUCAAGGUCUUUUCGCUCAACAAGGACCUCAUCAAGGACAGUGACAUGGUCGACACGCUCUACAACAUGAUCCGCGACCGCGACCCGCAGGUCGUGUCCAACUGCUUGGUUGCGCUGAACGAGAUCAUGGCCGACGAAGGCGGCAUUGCGGUCAACCAGCAGAUCAUCAUGCAUCUGCUUACGCGCAUCUCCGAGUUCAACGAGUGGGGCCAGUGCAACAUCCUCCACGUCGUGAGCACGUACCAGCCGACGUCGGAAGAAGAGAUUUUCAACAUUAUGAACAUCCUCGAGCCGUCGCUCCGCGUCUCCAACUCGGCGGUCGUGCUCGGGACGGCCAAGUGCUUUCUGAACCUCACGAUCAAGAUGCCGCAGGUGCACAACCAAGUGUUUGAGCGCAUGCGCCAGCCGCUGCUGACGCUCAUGGCCGGCGGGUCGCACGAGCUCAACUAUUGCGUGCUGCACCACAUCCUCCUCAUGGUCGGCAAGUACCCGCGCGUCUUCUCGCCCGACUUUCGCCAGUUUUACAUCCGCUACAACGAGCCGUCGCACGUCAAGUACGUCAAGCUCGACAUCCUCAGCAGCAUCGCUGACAGCCACAGCGUGGCCGACAUCGUCACCGAGCUCUCCGAGUACGUCAACGACGUCGACCAAGAGCUCUCUCGCCGCGCCGUGCGCGCCAUCUCGCAGAUUGCAGUCGGCAACACGUUUGGCGUUGACGGCCUCGAGGCCAUGCACGACCAGAUCGUCGACACGAUGGUCGAGUUUCUCGAGCUCAACCUCGACUACGUCCGCGACGAGACGCUGGUCGUGAUGAAGGACCUCCUGCGCAAGUUCCCGCACAAGGUCCACGACGUCCUCGACGUCCUCCCGCGCAUCAUCCCCAAGGUCGACGACGCAGCCGCGAAAUGCGCGGUCAUUUGGAUGCUUGGCGAGUUUGGCCAAGACCUCCGCCGCGCCCCGUAUGUGCUCGAGAAGCUCAUUGACAGCUACGGCGACGAGCCGGCGCCGGUCGUGCUCCUCGAGCUUCUCGCUGCGUCGCUCAAGCUCUUCUUCAAGCGCCCUCCAGAGAUGCAGUCGAUGCUCGGCCGCCUCUUGACUGCCGGCGUCAACGACACGGCCAACCAAGACGUGCGCGACCGCGCGCUCUUUUACUACCGGCUCCUCUCGCAGGACGUCAACUCGGCCGCAACGAUCGUGCGCCAGUUCCAGCCCGAGGUUGUCGAGGUGUUUGCUGAGAUGGUCGAGACGGACCUCCAGGAAAAGCUCUUUAAAGAGUUCAAUACGCUCGCGGUGGUCUACAACAAGCCGAGUGAAACCUUUGUGGCGCCGUCGCAUUUGAUCGCUGCGACGGUCCACGACGAGCACGACGACCACGACGACCACGACGACGAAGGCGGCUACUCGGACGAAGACGCGCCGCCGACGCAGCAAGCGCCCAUGAUGUCGCCGCCCCAGCCGCGCGGCCCGCAGUCGGCGACCGUCGAUCUGCUUGGCAUGCUCGACUUUGGUGCGCCAGCGGCCGCCGCAGCCCCGGCGCCCGCGCCGUUCCAGCUGCUGCCGACGCCGACGAUGGACGCUGGUACCUUCCAGCAGCUUUGGGGCACGCUCCGCGUCGUGGCGCAGGUGCAGCUCCAGAUGCCGGGCAUUCCAGCGCAGGCGGAUAUCGAGCGCGCGUUUGGCGGCCACGGCAUUCUGACCAUGGCGGCCGGCGACGUCGGGCCGCAGUACAAGUUUUUCUUUUACGCCCAAGACACGCUCGGCAAGUACUACCUCGCCGAGACGGUGGUCGAGAAGGCGCCGAUGGUGCUGCACGCGGUCAUCAAGGGCCAGGACGACGUGGGCGGCCAGCAGUUUGGCGAGUACUUUAAGCGCGUCCUCUUUGGCUAG